AUGGAAGUGUCUACAGAGGCAAAAUGGGGGCUGAUGCUGCCGGCCCACCCACCCAGUGGCAACUGGCACUACCAGUUUCGGAUCCUGCUGCUGGGGGAUUCCACCGUGGGCAAAACAUCUCUGCUGCGGAGAUACACAGAGCGAUGCUUCGUGCCAACCCCUUGUCCCACCGUGGGUGUAGAGUUCUACAGCAAGAUGAUGGAGCUGCCUCCGGGAAUCAGGGUGAAGCUCCAGCUCUGGGACACAGCUGGCCAGGAGAGGUUCAGGUGUAUCACCAGGUCUUUCUACCGGAAUGCGGUUGGUGUGCUGCUGAUCUUUGACAUGACCAACCGAAGGUCCUUUGAAAGCAUCUUUGAUUGGUACAAUGAGGUGACCAAUGUGAUGGACAAAGUCAUUUUCCUCCUCGUCGGCCACAAGUGUGAUCUUGAGUCAAUGAACAGGGUCACCCUGGAGGAAGCAGAGGGCUUGGCCACUUCUCUAGGCACAUCUUUUAUAGAAACAUCUGCCAAAACUGACACCAACAUAGAUCUGGCUUUCGAGACCAUCACCAAUGCUAUCUAUGAGGCUCUGAGAAACAAAGAGUUUGACCUGCAGGAAGGCUGGGAUGGCGUGAAAAUCGUUUAUAAGAGAAGAGCAAGCAGUCUGCAAAGGAAGAAGGCAUCCAAAGAAGCAUGUCAGUGUUAAUUGAGUGAGAACUGGAUGUUACAGGACACUGGUUACUCAAAAUAGAAUUCUUCCUUAGACGAAACACAGACUUAAUCCACUGGGUUAAUCCUUACCCAGGCGAGACCAUCCACAACCUGUGACCUCCAACUACUUUAUUACAUCCUCCGGAGCUCUUUCUAAUCUCACCUCAGAUCUUGUUUCCUGCUGAAAAUCAAUGACACGUUUUUCUAUUGUUUUUAGAUAUGAAAGAGAUGGGCAUUGCUUUU